AUGCAAUCCAUAACCCGCACCCUCACCCGCCAAUCCCCUCUCUUCACCCCCCAGCUCCGCAUCCCAGCCACCCGUCCCUUCUCCUCCACCCUCAUCUCUCGCAAAUCCGCUACCGAAGCCGUCAAAGAAACGGUUCACAAAGUCGAUAAAGCCGUCGCGAGCAAGAUCGUAGACGGUAUUGAAGUUGGUCAAACCGCAACCCAAAAAGCCAAAGCCGCCGCCGGCCUCUCCGCCUCGGAAGCCAAAACCGCCGCUUCCAACGCCGCCUCUGAAGCCCAAGGCGCCAGCUCCUCCGCCACCGGUUCUGCCUCUGGAACCGCGUCGGAAGCUUCUGGAAAAGCGUCGGAGUUGGCGGGUCAGGCGAAAGGAAAGGCAGCGGAGUUGAAGGGCGCCGCGAAGGGAAAGGCGGCUGAGUUGAAGGGAGAGGUGAAAGGAAAGUUGUAG